AUGGAACAGCUGGCACCCGUCGUCUGGUCUGCUAUCGAACUGGCAGCGACCAGCCGGUUAACUAUCUCUUCACGAUGGAAAAAGACGUCCGAGGGAUCCCUCCUUUCUGCCUGGUCAGGUUCAUCUAUCAGAUUCAUAUACUCCGGCUCAGCACUCGAGCUCAAGUUUGGCUCCCGCACAGAGCGCAAGGACAGAUGGAAUGGCGGCACCCAGAUGCUUGAAUGUUCUGUCAUCCCCACUACCUCGAGGUCGAGUGAUCUCAGACGUGAACAAAUACGCAGGUUCGAUGCUGAACUGGGUUUCGUAUUUUCACUCCCUCUCAUCGGCGAGAAGUGCACCGUCUGUGUCACUCAUAUUGACUGGGCAUCUGUUGUUGAGGUGGAGUCCUUCUUGGUUGGUGCGGGUGAAAUCAUUGAACCAUUCACGGAAGCAGAACAAUGGCCGACGGUCAUGGUAAUGGGCGAUUCAAUAUCGUGCGGAUACGCACCUUCGGAAAAGGAGCCCAUUCUCCGUGGAUGCUUGGAUGCUUUUCCACAUCGAGCACAACGCAUCCUCGCAGAUACCUGUAGCCUCAGCCUCAAUAUCGAGCUAGUUGCAUAUCCUGGAGCAUCACUCGUUGAACCGACAGACGAAGAAUGCGCUGAUGGCAUACCAUUUAGCAUACUAACCAAAUUUUUCGAUCACUCUCCAUGGUCCCAUCAUAAAUGGGAAAUCAGUGGCAUGCCCACCGUCAUCGUUAUUGCACUUGGGACAAAUGAUGAGAGCAAUGAUGUCUCGUUUGACCGAUUUAUUGAUGAGCUGAACACAUUUAACAAAACCUUGAUCAAGGUAUUCCCCUCUGUGAAGGACAUAUGGCUUAUUCCACCUUUUGAAGACUUCAAUGAGACGGGCCACUCGGAGUUCCGACAACAUCUUCUUUCUGGCAGUCAUGCCGUGCAUUUUUCUGUAGAUCUACCAGUUCGCAUCUGCGAUCUACAGAAUGUCAUGACGAAAGACUUGACGGUCGAUGGCUUGCAUCCAACAGUCAAGGGCCAGGAAAUUCUCGCAAACAGUUUUGCAGAAUUUGCACGACUGUGGUUUGGGGCGAUAAGCAUUCCCUGA